CAGUAUGGGAAGUAUUGACUCGUUUGAAGUAAAACGACGUCAGCUCAUGGAUCACCCAAAUCAACCUACUACCGGGUCGUGGAUAAUGUGUUGUCAACAAAAUGUCAGGCCACGAUCAUUUGAGUCUCUGUCUCUGUGAUUUAAUCAGAUUGCUAUGGUCGUUGGUACUGCCAUGCGUGUACCUGUGCUUGGUGUUAACGACAACACUCUUCCUGCUUAUCCUGGGGGUGCGAGCAUGGCUACAAAUGAACCGGAAGUCCAGACGGACACGAGACCCAGCUCCUGCUGUGGCGUUCUUCCACCCCUACUGUAAUGCUGGAGGUGGAGGGGAGAGGGUUCUGUGGUGCGCCCUCAGAGCACUGCAGAACCGGUACCCAGAAGUGCGGUUUGUGGUGUACACCGGAGACCAAGGUGUGACCGGAGAGCAGAUCUUGAACGGCGCUCGGCGGCGCUUCAACAUUGCCCUGCCUCGACCCGUUCAGUUUGUGUUCCUCAAGCACCGGCUGCUGGUGGAGGCCAGCCUCUACCCCCACUUCACGCUGCUGGGCCAGAGUGUGGGCUCCAUCUUCCUGGCCUGGGAGGCGCUCAUUGAGUUUGUGCCAGACCUCUACAUCGACUCCAUGGGAUAUGCGUUCACCCUGCCAGUCUUUCGCUACCUGGGGGGCUGCAGGGUGGGCAGCUAUGUGCACUAUCCCACCAUCAGCACAGACAUGAUGUCGGUGGUGCGAGAGAGGAACCCACGCUUUAACAAUGCAGACUACAUCAGCAGUAACCCAUUGCUGAGUGCCAUUAAGGUGGUGUACUACUGCGCCUUUGCCCUGCUGUAUGGGCUGGCUGGAUCCUGCAGUGACGUGGUCAUGGUCAACUCCACCUGGACGCUGGGCCACAUCCUGGCGCUGUGGCGGGCGCCCAACCGCACCAGCGUGGUCUACCCACCCUGUGACGUCCAGUCCUUCCUCAGCGCUCCCCUGGAGGAGGAGGAGGAGGAGGAGGAGGAGCAGAAGGAGCAAAAGGAGCAGAAGGAGCAGAAGGAGGAGGCAGAAGGCAGCAAGUGCCACUCUGUAGUCUCCGUAGGACAGUUCCGGCCCGAGAAGGACCACCGGCUCCAGAUCCGGGCCUUCAGGAAACUCCUCGACCGCAAAGGGGGGAGUGCAGGGGGUCGGGAGACGGUGAAGCUGGUGCUGAUCGGCGGGUGCCGCAACCAGGAGGAUGAAGACCGCGUGCUGAUGCUCCGAGGGCUGUGCCAGGAGCUGGGCGUGGCUGACAGGGUGGAGUUCAAACUCAACAUUCCCUUCGACGACCUGAAGAAAGAGCUGACAGAGGCCACCGUCGGCCUGCACACCAUGUGGAAUGAACACUUUGGCAUCGGUGUGGUGGAGUGCAUGGCAGCUGGCACAGUCAUCCUGGCCCACAAAUCUGGCGGUCCUAAGCUGGAUAUCGUGGUUCCAUACGAGGGUGGGCAGACGGGAUUCAUGGCAGACGACGAGGACAGCUACGCGGACGCCAUGGAACGGAUCCUCUCCCUGACUCCGUCCGAGCGCAUGGAGAUCCGCCGCCGGGCACGGCAGUCCGUCGCCCGCUUCUCCGAUCAGGAGUUUGAGGCGUCCUUCCUGGCGGCCAUGGAACCACUGAUGGGAACACUAGAACGCUGAGAGGACGGAUGAGGAGAGACUGACAUGAUUCCUGGACAAAUGAGGGACUGGAUGGACCCAGCCAUGAAUGGGUGAAAGGAUGCAUGCUCACAUGCGGAUAUGCAUACGCUAUCUACCCACCUGUCCUACAUUAGAGAACUUCAGUGGGACAAGCACUUGCUCCUGCUGCUUCUCACACCCACACCACAGCAUUCCAUCCCUGAGUUCUCACACACUAGAUCCUGGCAAUAAAACAUGGAUGGCAGACUGAUAUGUUGUUAUAAGUGUAAUCCAAUACUUUACACACCACACCUUUUAGGGUUCAGUUUUCUUGACUUUUGUAGGUUUAGAUGAAUUAACUGAGUUUUACUUGGGGGGUGAGAGAAACGUAUCUAGAGUAAAAGGCAGACUGCUCCAUCUAGUGGCUGAGAGUGGCUGCAGAGUUACGUCCAGUACAGCCAGCCAGUGUGUCCGAGUAUGUGGACAUCAGACUGAACUUCAUUGUUUUGUUUAUCGUCCUGUCAAUGUUUUAUGAUGGCUUAAACCACAAAACAUGGUGGCCCAGUUUUCUGUUUGUAUUGCAUCACUUUGUGUUACUGCAUUCCCUAAAGCAUCUGUUGUUUCAGGCUCUGGUCGUGAUAUUUGAACUCUCUGACUGUGUCCUUUCAGUUAGGUGAACUAGUGAACUUACCGUUUGGUUUCUCCUCUAUCUUUUGAUAAAUGGCAACUCUGUCUUUUGUUACAGUGCUAUCUAUCAGUGCUCAAGUCAGUUUGGCUUCAUGUACGUGUCAACUGGGAAAGUGAAUGUGCUUUCUGAAAUGAUGAAUUAAAUGAAUGUAUUUCCAAAAUAAAUUAUUUCACAAUA